AUGGGGAAAGCUUCGUUGUGUCUCGUAAUGUUACUUGUACUAUUGUCAAUGCAAUUUUUGUUUAUUGGAAUAGUACAAGGGACAUCGCUGAAGGAAGAUAUCAUUUUAAGAAAAGAAUACAAUAGAAAUGGAGAGAUUGUUGAAGUUUGUAUUGGUAGUGAUGGAAUAAAAGAUGGAUGUGGUUGCAGAGGUGACGAAGGUGGACAUGGUAGACAUGGUAGUAGCAGAGGAAGAGCUGGUGGAGGUGGAGGUGUUGGUGGUGGAGUCGGUGGAGGUGUUGGAGUUGGUGGUGAUAUUGGAGGGGGGGUUGGUGGUGGUUCCCAAGGUGGUGGAAGAGGUAGACAUGGCGGCGGUAGAGGGGGACUUGGUGGUGAAGUCGGAGGAAGUGUUGGAGCUGGAGGUGGAGUUGGUGGUGGUUCCCAAGGUGGUGGAAGAGGUAGACAUAGUGGUGGUAGAGGGGGAGUUGGUGGGGAAGUCGGAGGAGGUGUUGGAGGUGGAGUUGGAGUUGGAGUUGGUGGUGGUUCCCAAAGUGGUGGAAGAGGUAGACAUGGCGGUGGUAGCGGGGGAGUUGGUGGUGGAGCUAGUGGAGGUGUUGGCGGUGGAGGUGGUGGUGGGGGUGGUACUGGAGGUGGAGUUGGUGGUGGUUUUGGAGGUGGAGGAAGAUUUGGCGGUGGUAGCGGGGGAGUUGGUGGUGGAGCUAGUGGAGGUGUUGGCGGUGGAGGUGGUGGUGGGGGUGGUACUGGAGGUGGAGUUGGUGGUGGUUUUGGAGGUGGAGGAAGAUUUGGCGGUGGAGGCGGAGGUGGGGGCAGGGUUGGUGGUGGAGUAGGUGGUGGUGUUGGAGGAGGAACUGGUGGAGAUGUGGGAGUAGGUGGUAGAGGUAGGGGAAGUGUAGGUGGUGGUGGUAGAGGGGGUAUUGGUGGUGCAAUUGGGGGAGGAGGAGUUAUUGGAGUUGGAGGUGGAGUAAGCGGGGGUGGUGGUGUAGGAGGAGGAACUAGUGGCGCAGUAGGUGGGGAUGUUGGAGGUGGAGCGAGAGGCGGAGUAGGCGGAGAGGGUGGAAGUGGCGGAGUAGGUGGAGUUAUAGGAGGUGGAGCUGGGGGAGGUGUUGGAGUAGGUGGUAGAGCUGGGGGAAGAGGAGGUACCGGUGGUGCAAUUGGGGGAGGAGGAAGUGUUGGAGCUGGAGCUGGAGGUGGAGUAAGUGGGGGUGGUGGUGUAAGCGGAGGAGUCGGUAGCGGAGUAGGUGGAGUUGUAGGAGGUGGAGCUGGAGGAGGAGUUGUAGGAGGUGGAGCGGGAGGCGGAGUAGGUAGAAGUAUAGGAGGUGGAGUUGGUAGCAGUGGCGGAGCUGGGGGAAGUGGCGGAGUGGGUGGAGUUGUAGGAGGUGGAGCCAGCGGGGGUGUUGGAGUUGGGGGACGAGGAGGUGGGAGAGGUGGUGGUGCUGGGGGUAUUGGUGCUAGAGGCGGAGGCGGGGUUGGUGGUGGAAUUGGGGGAGGUGUUGGUGCUGGAGCUGGUGGUAUUGGCGGUGGAUCUAGUGGACAUGUUGGGGGAAGCGGUGGUGUUGGCGGAAGAGGUGGCGGCUCCAUUGGUGCCGGUGGAAGUUCUGGUGGUGCAGGAGGUGGACUUGGUGGUGGGGUUGGAGGCGGUGCUGGUAUAGGAGGUGGAUCUAGCGGAGGUAUUGGAGCUAGGGGUGGUGGAAGAGGCGGUGUUGGCGUAGGAGGUGGAGCUAGCGGAGGGGUCGGUGUUGGAGGUGGUGGUGAAGUAGGUGGAGGUGUCGGCGUUGGACGUGGUGGUGGAGGAGUUGGAGGAAGUGUUGGUGCUGGAGGUGGUGUUGGUGGUGAAGGUGGUGGAGGAGGUGUUGGUGCUGGAGGUGGAGGUGUUGGAGGUGGUGGUGGUGGAGUUGGGGUUGGAGGUGGUGGUGUUGUUGGUGGAGGUGUUGGAGCUGGAGGUGGUGGUGGUGGUGGAGCUGGGGUUGGAGGCGGUGGUUCAUUAGGUGGCGGAGUUGGAACUGGUGGUAGUGUAGGUGGUAGAGGUGGUGUCGGGGCUGGGGGUGGUGUAGGUGGAGGUGUUGGGAUAGGUGGUGGUGGUGAUGGUGGUCUUGGAGGAGGAGUUUAA